CAUAAACCUUGGUAUAAAGGGCUAUUGAGUUCAAAAUGGAUAGCGAUGCAACUUAUUGUUCUGAAGCUGAAACAUUAAUGCAGAUAUCAUCAACAAGUUGCAGCCAACUCCGAUCACAACGUCGAUCUUUGCGUUUAUCUCAAAAACCACCUAAAUGCUAUAAAUAUUUAGAUAAACGCUAUAAUUGGAAAAGUUCAGCUACUCAGCCAGCCGUAUCUGACAUCGAUUUGGCAUCCAAUAAAAACUCGUGUCCAAAUGAGACAAUUAAUGGUUUUACUUCCACACAAGCAUUGUUUUCCAGUGCAGAAAUUAUGGAAGAUCUCGAGCGCAUAGAGUUAAUGGAGGUUCAACAAAAUAAUGACACAGUGACGAAAACAUUGAUCAAACGCAAAAAUGAAAGCGUAAAUCAAACAUCGCCAGGUCAAGUAAAACAAUAUAAGCAAGAGAAGGAAUCACAAAUAUACUGGCCUAGCCAGCAAUGUCUAAAGCAAAAUAAUUCUGCAAAAGCAUAUGGCGAUCAGAAUGUAGAAUCAGUUCGUAAGAAGAGGUGCCGUAAACCAAAGCCUAAAGCAGAAGACAAUAACUUACAGGGUGUCAGCACAACAAUUGAAGCAAUCGUACCUGACAUACAUUCAAACAAUGGUGUACAACUACAUCACUACGCGUAUAUCCAAAAAGACAUACCUUUGGAUUUAUCUGUAGAGAAAUCUAAAGAGUUAUCAAAUGAAACGUAUAACAACAAGUUGGCAUUGAAUGGCAAAAUUAAUAUAUCGAUUGAAAAUACAUCGAAUAUGAUUAAUGUAGUCCAACACAGGUCGCAAAACAAUUGCCGAAAAAACGAUAAAGCGGGUUGCGAAGACGGUGUCAUAACUGGCAAAAAGAAAAUGCCACAUCAACAGAAACCAGUAGCCACCGCCAAAAAGAAUUUGCCGAAAAAAUCUCAAAAAUUGAAACGUAAGCCGGGAAAGGAAGGUCGUCUACGAAAGACUGCCUUAAAGAAGUCGAAAUGUCAAGCCGAACAGCAUUUCUUGAAAGCAAAAAGCGAAAAGACCAUCAAAAAACAAUGCGUGCCAUUUCACCAAAAUUCCUUUGAGUUUAAAGAAUUGACGGAUAAUUUAGAAAAUGAUGAUUUUUCAAGAAUUUCCAUGUUACCAGACAUUUAUCCAUCACACUUUAAAUACCAGUUACCACCGGAAGCUGUGUUGACUCAGCCUCUCCUACCAAUGCAAGGGAAUAUAAUUACUCCAGAUCUAACGCCAUCCUUUGAUUUGAAAGACUCAACUUCAACAUCACCCAGUAUACCAGAAUCAUUACGCGGCAUCUUUGAUACCGACGACUUAAGGCAUCUGUUGAACAUUGAAAAGGCAUCGUCGUAUCGCUUGUAUGAUUAUCAUGUGCAAGUUCUCUCACUAGUUUUGAAUGUGCAAGAAAAUUACUUGCACGAUUUGCUUAAAAAGAUUUUAAAAAUAAGUCCAAGUGCUUUACGGAGUGUCAAUAAAGCAAUAAAAACUCCAUUUGUUAAAGAUGAGAAUAUAUUUGAGAUGCCAAGUCCACGGGAUAUUCAAUCACCACAAAGCGAUUUAAUUAUGAGUAGUCCAAAUGUUGGAGAAUAUUCCAGGCUAUUGGUGACACAAAUUAAUAGAGCUUAA